AUGCUGGGUAGCAAGCGACUGGGGCUCUCCGGAAUGACCCUCGCCCUGUCCCUGCUUGUGUGCCUGGGCGCGCUGGCCGAGGCGUACCCCUCCAAGCCAGACAACCCAGGAGAGGACGCGCCAGCAGAGGACAUGGCCAGAUACUAUUCAGCGCUGCGACACUACAUCAACCUCAUCACCAGGCAGAGGUAUGGAAAACGAUCUAGCCCUGAGACACUGAUUUCAGACCUCUUGAUGAGAGAAAGCACAGAAAACGUUCCCAGAACUAGGCUGGAAGACCCUUCUAUGUGGUGA